GCUCAAGCUGUCAGUGGCCCUGAUAAACCCAACAACAACAACAACAACAACCCAACAAUAAACAGUAUUUAUUGUGUCUAACAGAAGUAUUUUGUGGAAGACUACCAGGCUGAGUCUUGCCAGACACUAUAUCUUCAGUACUUCAAGAAGCACCAGUGUAAGUGUCUUGAACGACAAGUGAUAUUGCAGAAGUAUUUUGUGGAAGACUGCCAGGUUGUGUCUUGCUAGACACUAUAUCUUCAGCACUUCAAGGAAGGCAACACCUGCUAUUCUUGUGAAUUUUUAACUAGCUAAGUAUUAUUAAUUAAGCAAUUUUGCUUUUACUAUUGGGAAUUUUAUCUAAAGCUGCAUGGCAGUUAAUAGAAAAAUGCACGUUAGUAAUACAGUAGACCCCUGGUUUUCGUAAUUAAUCAGUUCUACAAGGUUGGCCGAAAUCCGAAAUGGCCGAAAACCGAAGUAAUAUUUCCCUAAAGAAAUAAUGUAAGUUCAAUUAUCCAUUCCAGACACCCAAAAAUAUUAACAAGAAAUACAUUUUAUAGAGAAUAGCUAUAGUUUUACAAACAGAAAACAAUGAGAAAUAGAUAUAAAUGACUGAUUUUAAUGAUAAAUGAACAUUACAUACCUUUAUUGAAGACUCUUAUUGGCGUAUUGAAGAAGGCGAGGAGGGGAGGUAGGAGGAAAGAUCAUUGGUUGGAAGGGAAUCCCCCUCCAUAAGGACUUCAUGUAUCAAAGCCCUCUCUGGGGUUAUUUCCCUUCUUAGUCUUUUACUGCCACUAGGACCAGCUCUUCAGUGGUUAAGUCUUCCCUGUGGUUGUCCACCAACUCUUCCACAUCCUGGCCACUCGCAUCCAACCCCUUACCUACCGGCUACAUACGCUGUGGCCCACAGCCAUAUUAUUACCAUCGACAUACCAUGUUUAUUGAGUUUAAUCAUUUCUAGCAGCUACCUUUAGAUGCCAUCAUAAACAAAGGAAAAAGUAAUGAAUAAUUCAUGCUGAGAAUUGUAAACAAAAGCUUUAUGUAUUAAGGGUGGUUACUGGGCCAACGCAGAGUCACGCACAUUUUCUCUGAAGCUGGACCAGAGAAAACGUGAUGUUUUCCUUCCACCGACUACCACCCUUUGAUAGCAUAUAAACAUUGCAUGUUUAUAUGCUAUGUAACGUGUUAUAUAAUUUUGAAGAAAAUAUCAUCGAUGGAUUAAUGAAAAUGUCUAUAUUAACAUAAAAUAAGACAUUUAAUGUGCCCAAGAGUGAGUCACAAAUUUAUGAGCAGUCCAGGUGCACAUGUCUGGUACCAACGAUUUCUGAGUGGAUGUAUGAAACCCAGGGGAAAUUUUGCCAAGAAAAGUUCUCGAAAUCUGAAUUAUACAAUUUUCGCACCGGCCGAAAACUGGGAGUCCACUGUACUGUAAUGAAUGAUUUUCAGAAAAAUCUGUUUAAAAACACUAGAAAAUAAUAAUAAAAAUGUUGAAUGUAUCUGCAGUGUUUUAGUAUAUAUACAGUAUUACUCUUUUAACACACAAAACAAAAAUUAUGAUUGUCUUGUGACACACAAUAUAAGCUUUAUUAGUGCUUAUAAGUAGGAAAAGUUUUGCCUAAAUAAAUCUUAUCAUGGGAAUAUGUUCAUAAGGAAAGCUGUAUGUUCAGUGUAAAAAAUAGUUUUAAAAAAUCUUUAAAUAGACACAUGAGUACAUUAGGAAUAUUAACUAUACCACUGUUGAAUGACUAAAAUAUUUUAAAUGAAAUAUCAUCAUUUGAAAAAUAUGGAAAAACAUAAAGAACAUCAACCAUAUCACUGUUCAGAGUGUCUUAAAUGUUUCAGUGUAAAAGGCAAUCUUGUGACACAUAUGAGAGUACAUACAGGAGAUAAACCAUAUCAAUGUUCAGAGUGUCUGCAAUGUUUUAGUGUAAAAGGCAGUCUUGUGAGACAUACGAGAGUACAUACAGGAGAUAAACCACAUCAGUGUUCAGAGUGUCGGCAAUGUUUUAGUGUAAAAGGCAGUCUUGUGAGACAUAUGAGAGUACAUACAGGAGAUAAACCAUAUCAAUGUUCAGAGUGUCUGAAAUGUUUUAGUGUAAAAGGCCAUCUUGUGAAGCAUAUGAGAGUACAUACAGGAGAUAAACCUUAUCAGUGUUCAGAGUGUCUGAAAUGUUUUAGUGAAAAAGGCAGUCUUUUGACACAUAUGAGAGUACAUACAGGAGAUAAACCAUAUCAAUGUUCAGAGUGUCUGAAACGUUUUCGUGUAAAAGGCCAUCUUGUGAAGCAUAUGAAAGUACAUACAGGAGAUAAACCUUAUCAAUGUUCGGAGUGUCUGAAAUGUUUUAGUGAAAAAGGCAGUCUUGUGACACAUAUGAGAGUACAUACAGGAGAUAAACCAUAUGAAUGUUCAGAGUGUCUGAAAUGUUUUACUGUCAAAGGCAGUCUUGUGUCACAUAUGAGAGCACAUACAGGAGAUAAACCAUAUGAAUGUUCAGAGUGUCUGAAAUGUUUUAGUGUCAAAGGCAGUCUUGUGUCACAUAUGAGAGUACAUACAGGAGAUAAACCAUAUCAAUGUUCAGAGUGUCUGAAAUGUUUUAGUGAAAAAGGCAGUCUUGUGAGACAUAAGAGAGUACAUACAGGAGAUAAACCAUAUCAGUGUUCAGAGUGUUUGAAAUGUUUUAGUGUAAAAGGUCAUCUUGUGAGACAUAUGAGAGUGCAUACAGGAGAUAAACCAUAUAAAUGUUCAGAGUGUCUGAAAUGUUUUAGUGUAAAAGACCAUCUUAUGACACAUAUGAGAGUACAUACAGGAGAUAAACCAUAUCACUGUUCAGAGUGUCUGAAAUGUUUUAGUGUGAAAGGCCUUCUUGUGAAACAUAUGAGAGUACAUACAGGAGAUAAACCAUAUCAGUGUUCAGAGUGUCUGAAAUGUUUUAGUGUAAAAGACCAUCUUAUGACACAUAUGAGAGUACAUACAGGAGAUAAACCAUAUCAAUGUUCAGAGUGUCUGAAAUGUUUCAGUGAAAAAGGCAGUCUUGUGAGACAUAUGAGAGUACAUACAGGAGAUAAACCAUAUCAGUGUUCGCAGUGUCUGAAAUGUUUUAGUGUAAAAGGCAAUCUUGUGAAACAUAUGCGAGUACAUACAGGAGGUAAAACAUGUUAGU